AUGACCCCCACCCUUCUAAUCCUCCUCUCUGUGACCCUCCUCUCUGUGAUCCUCUUCUCUGCGAUCCUCCUCUACUUGACACUCCUCUCUGUGACCCUCUUCUCUGUGCUACUCCUCUUGGUGAAACUCGUUGAGAUGGUGCAGAUGGUGCAGAUGGUGCAGGUGGUGCAGGUGGUUCAGAUGGUGCAGAUGGUGCUCUUUGGGACUGUUGGGACAGAGACGGUUGGGACAGAGCUGGCUGAGAUGGCUGAGAUGGCUGAGAUGGCUGCGAUGGCUGAGCUGGCUGAGAUGCUACAGAUGGUUCACCUUGUGAUCCUUGCCAUGAUUGUCCAUGCCCAAACAAGAUAG